AUGUCUGACAACGACUCGGAUUCCGAGGCGAAAGUGAGGUGCAAAGAGAUAUACAGUUUUGCGGCCAACAAAGCCGUCCGAGUAACAUACGCCGAUAUACGAUCGGUUCUGAAUGUAUUGGACGUUUGUGGUGGUGGAGGGUCUGCCCAAGUUCUAGGGCCCUCCGCAUGGGAUUAUCUAAGAGGCCGGGACGUUCAAAGCUAUGGGCGCCCCAACGUAAGGCACCAAAAAGCAGUCUCGCUAGACAUUGACG